AUGGCCCGAGCCAGGAUACCAGCGAACCUCCCGGAUUUAGUGAGCAAGGCCUUCCACAGCGCGCGAGACACCGGCGACGUGCACUUCUUCCCGACGCAGGUGACGCUGGUUAACGUCAACUCCCUACCGUUCCAACUCCGCUUCUCUCCCUCCCUCGCCAACAAACCACGCAACCCGCAACCUGUACGCACCCCAGGACAGCCAAAAGAACCCAACGAUGCGAGCAACCCCCCAAAGAAACCCUUCUUCGACCCCUUCGACAACCCCCAGUCCCCAAUGCUAAUCACCGCCAUACCCCCCUCACACAACCUCGUCCUAAACAAAUUCGCCAUCGUCCCCGAGCACUUCAUCCUCGCCACACAAGCCUACAGGGAACAAACCGAUUUGCUGGAACGGGCCGAUUUGGAAGUGGCAUACGGUUGUAUCGAGGCUUAUCACGAGCACAAACAGGCCACAACCACCCAAGAGGGCGGAGAUAAGGACAAAGGCAGCGAAUUAUUCGUCUUCUACAACUCGGGCGCGGAGUCCGGCUCAAGCCAGCCACAUCGUCACUUGCAAUUGCUGCCGGUUGAGAGGAUGCGGGAGGGGUUGGAAGGGAAGGAUUACCGCGCGUGGGAUGUGCUAGCGGCGUCGCUGCUGGAUGAGGAUGUUCGGAAACAAGUCCCGUUUGCGACGUUUGCGGAGCGGAUCGGGCCAGGGACGGAUUUGUGGGGGGUGUAUUUGCGGUUGUAUCAGGAAGCGUGUCACGCUGUUUUGGGGGACAGCGCCAAGUCUGGGGUCGUGGAAAUGAGCGGGCCUGCUAAGAUCCAGUACAACCUCGCGAUGACGCGGGACGUGAUGGUCGUCGCGCCGCGGGUCGCUGAGAGCAGGGCCGUGUCGCGGGUUUCAGCGGAUGGGCGGAGAGAAGAGGUUGGGCGGCUGGCGCUGAAUGGGACUGUGCUGGCGGGCACGGCGUUGGUGAAGACGCAGGAGGAGUGGGAUGCGUUGAGGGCGAAGCCGGAGCAGCUGAAGAGGGUGUUGCAGGGGAUAGGGGUUGCUUUGUAG